AUGACGGCAUCAAACGCUCUCGAUGAAGAAAUUUCCAAAUUCUGCGAGUCAGCUGGAUAUAAAGUCAAGAGCAUUGAUUGGGCAGGAUCUUCGGAUUGGGCGUCCUUUCGCAAAGUCUCUCUGCAAGACACUGACAAGAUGUAUUUUGUCAAGACGUCAACUCGUUCCGCAAAGGAAAUGUUUGAAGGUGAAGCCUUGGGUUUGCAAGCCAUGUACGAGUGCAGUCAACAAAGUGGCGAUGAUGGUUUGACCAUUCCCAACGUUCACCACUGGGACGAUUUCAGUGGUGGAUCUUUGCUGAUUAUGGAUUUUUUACAGUUGGGCGGUCGAGGAUCCGAAAAGGCGCUGGGUAAGGCAAUGGCACAAUUGCAUUUGGCCAAGCCGAACGAGGCCAACGGAAAUCCCAAGGGAGCCUUUGGAUUUGGAGUUGACAAUACCAUUGGAGGGACUCCACAACCAAACCCUUGGACUGACGGAGGUACCACAGAGGACUGGAUUGAAUUCUACAAGAAGCAUCGAAUGGAACAUCAAAUAGAACUUGCCGGCGAUAAGUCCUGUGCAAAACUAUGGGAAAAAGAUAUUGCACCCCGGCUUCACUUGCUGUUCGAAGGCAUCGAAGUCAAACCUUCCUUGCUUCAUGGGGACCUAUGGAGUCACUCUUUUCCUUUUCUUCUCCUUCGAUGCAUACCGGGUACUAGUGGCAACAUUGGAACUGCCAGUGGUAAACCGUCCAUUUACGAUCCCGCUGUCUAUUGGGGCCAUCAUGAGGCCGAAUGGGGAAUGUCCUGGUGUGCUUCGCUCGGAAUCAAAUUCUGGGAUGGGUAUCGAGAGUUGAUUCCCCAAGAUCCAGGAUUUGCAGAUCGUAAACCUUUAUACGAUGCUUACCAUCAAUUGAACCACUACAACCUGUUUGGAGGAGGCUACCUGGGAUCGGCGCAAGGUUUGCUACAGCAAGUGAAGAAGAAAUUGGAUGCCAAAGAGAAGAAAUAG